GCAGACACUGGAGACAGAGAACACACAAAAACACAUACACAAGGCCCAGAGGCCAUAACAUAAGACAUCUAUACUGCAAUCUCAACAUCUUUCUCUCAUGCUGAAGAUGGUCAGACAACAUGCCAUGGAUGAUAUUUACACCGUUCUCGUCAUCUGUCGUGUUUUCGUUUGGGAUUCAUUUGGUUUUCAGAGGAAAGACCGCUGUCUUUUUUCCCAUUUUCCCUUGAGGAAACUGUUCUCUUUUCUCAUUCAUUCCUUGACCACAUGGAAUGUGAACACUGCGGUAAUAGGAUUGGUUUCACCACUUUUGACUCAGCUACGAACGACACAGUUUUGCCAUGCCACACUAAAAGCAUUAGACGUGCCUGUUUAGCUUACUUACUGUAACUCAGUCAUGUGCUUCACACAUGGUCACAACACAAAACCAACUGUCCUGUUGAAGUGAAUUGACCGACGCUGUUUAUGAUCUGGGAGUGAAAAGCUUAAUUUCCAACUAAUAGAUGCAUGUAAAAGCUAAUACGUGGUAUUAUUCACGGUACAGGAUCUUUCGUUACGUCGCCAGAAAAAGCAGUUAGUGGUGAUUAAGUUGUGACUAGUGAGCAAACAUUUUCUCACGUGACACGUGCAUUCAGCUGAUCUGCAUGUGCAUGUACAAGAUAUCACUAAGGCCUCGGUCCCAGCCUGUCCUCAAGUCCGCCUCUUUUCGUCUGUAACGUAAAGUGGCAGUUGUCUCCUGUCUGAUGUCAGUCCAUUGGACCCGACAGCCACUCGUGCUACUCGGUGACGUAGAAAUAUAUUCACCGGCGUUGCAUCCUGCUGUGUUUUUACUCGAAGUCUGACUUGAGAAUCACGCUAUGCGCGAUUUGUUGACAUCUCGCCGUACUUUUUUUCCCUUCCUUUUUGCGUGUGUGUUUUCCACUUGAUUGACUAGUGUCACAUUUGGUUUGAGACCCUCCAGCGUAUGUACAAGCCGCACACAUGACUAACGCUGGCUGACAGACAGCUGACACACCUGUCCGCCUGUCAGAGAGCCCGUGUUAGCUCCUUGGCCGACACCAGCAGCGGUUGGCGCCACCUGAGCUCCAAACUCAAACCUAUUUAGCAGGAGGCAACACGCUCGUGCUCACAUUGUGUUCGCCAGAGACCUGGCGUUUUCAAGGCUUUGUGCGCAGGGUAGAGAACAAAUGUAGGGCAGGCAGGCAGGCGGGCACAAAGGAGGCCUUAAAAGGGUGUCAGAUUUGUUCCAUUUUUAGAGGCUAAGCUCUGCAGAAAAUGGGUGGGCUCCCCUGGGUGUGCAGAACUUAUAAGUAAUACAUAAAUGAGACAAACCACCAACUUCUCAGCCCUGAGAAGAUGAAAUGUUAAAAUGCAGCUUUAUCUAUUUGCACUUCAUUAGAUUGCUCACUAAAUAGUACUUGUCAUUUUUUUUAGAAUGGCUACAAUUCACACUUCUGUUAACUCCCACACAUUUGAUAUUAAAUUUGAAUAGUGCUUCUGCUGAUUCUAUUAGAAACUGUCUGGCAACAAAAGCACUGAAUCUUCCAGCUAGUCGUACAGUAUCUCCACAUUACCGGCAUAGUUAGCUGUAGGUUUUAGGUUUCUCCGGUAGCCCAGUGAUUGACACUUGAGAGGAUUGUUGGGAUUGCUCGGGGAUACAAGUCCCGCCCUUCAAAGAAUUACUACUACCAAAACAACCCCUCCCACUCCAGACGUACCCGAGCUGCGGCUCAGGGAAACAGAGAGACGCACAGUGGGUGAGAGCGAGAGGGAGGGAGGGAGAGAGUUCUGUAACUCAAAGACAGGGACGCAGUCAUAAAAAGACAGAGGUGAGGGGUGGAGGGAGAGAAGGGAACGCGGGGGCGCAGAGGAGAUCUUAUUUCCAGCAGUCAGGGGGAAAAAAAAAAAACAACAGGACUUGAAAGAGAGGAGCGCAGUGAGAAGGAGUAACAGAAUGACUGCACGGCUGCAUUUGGGGAAAGGAAGAUCACAGGCUGAUCUGGCAAGAAAGAUAACUGCAAGUCAAUGAGUGAGAGUGAGAGUGAGAGAGAGAGAGAGCAGGGUAACAGUUUGAGCUCGGUGUGGAGGAGCGUUGUGGAGUACCGUUGGGGUGGCAGGAUUAAUCUGGACUAAACUCAGAACUGGUCUGAAGCAGCUCGGCACACCUGAUCUCUCCACCGGUGUGAGGGACGGGAAGGAAGCACCCGCUGGACGUCUUCAGACCAGGGAGGACUGUAGUGUUCCCACAGCUGAGGCUGGCUGGUGGGUGUGCGAGCAGCUUUAUGUGCACGGUGCCGUCGUUGUGUAUGUGGACGUGAAGGGAAGCCUGGCCAUGAGUAUCAUUCUUAAGCCACGGUCACGCUCCACCAGCUCAUUGAAGAACACAGAGGGAAUAUGCUUCGACGUGGACAAUGGCACGUCAUCGGGUCGAAGCCCCCUGGACCCUAUGGCCAGCCCGGGCUCAGGCCUCAUCCUGCAGGCCAAUUUUGUCCACAGCCAACGGAGAGAGUCGUUCCUCUACCGCUCGGACAGCGACUACGACCUCUCGCCCAAGUCUAUGUCUCGAAACUCCUCCAUUGCCAGUGACAUUCAUGGUGACGAUAUGAUUGUAACGCCAUUUGCACAGGUUCUCGCAAGCUUGAGAACUGUACGAAACAACUUUGGUGCAUUAACUAACCUACAGCAAGACAGAGCAUCCAAUAAGAGAUCACCCAUGUGUAACCCACCGCCUAUCACCAAGACCACUUUCACAGAGGAGGCCUACCAGAAACUGGCCACUGAGACCCUGGAGGAGCUGGACUGGUGCCUGGACCAGCUGGAGACGCUGCAGACAAGACACUCAGUCAGCGAGAUGGCCUCAAACAAGUUCAAAAGGAUGCUGAAUAGGGAGCUGACUCACCUAUCAGAGAUGAGCCGGUCUGGGAACCAGGUGUCUGAGUUCAUCUCCAGCACCUUCCUAGACAAGCAGCAUGAAGUGGAGAUGCCGUCCCCGCAGACGCAGAAGGAGAAGGAGAAGAAGAACAAGCCCAUGUCUCAGAUCAGCGGGGUGAAAAAGCUGCAACACUCCUCCAGCCUCACUAACUCCAACAUCCCUCGCUUCGGAGUAAAGACCGAGACCGAGGAUGAACUCGCUAAGGAGUUGGAGCAUGUAAAUAAAUGGGGCCUUAACGUUUUUAAGAUCUCAGAAUUCUCUGGGAAUCGGCCACUGACAGUGAUGAUGUACACGAUAUUCCAGGAGAGAGAUUUGUUAAAAACUUUUAAAAUUCCACUUGACACCUUUAUAACAUACCUGAUGACCUUAGAAGACCAUUAUCAUGGCGAUGUGGCCUACCACAACAACAUCCAUGCUGCUGACGUCACCCAGUCAACUCACGUGCUGCUAUCUACCCCUGCCCUCGAGGCUGUGUUCACAGACCUUGAGAUCCUGGCUGCCAUCUUUGCCAGCGCAAUUCAUGACGUGGACCAUCCCGGAGUCUCGAACCAGUUCCUCAUCAACACCAAUUCAGAGCUAGCGUUGAUGUACAACGACUCGUCCGUGUUGGAGAACCACCAUCUGGCAGUUGGUUUUAAGCUCCUGCAAGAGGAGAACUGUGACAUCUUCCAAAACUUGACCAAAAAACAAAGACAAUCACUGCGAAAGAUGGUCAUUGACAUCGUGCUAGCAACGGACAUGUCCAAGCACAUGAAUUUACUGGCUGAUCUGAAAACGAUGGUGGAAACCAAGAAGGUGACCAGCUCUGGUGUCUUGCUGCUAGACAACUACUCGGACAGAAUACAGGUUCUCCAGAACAUGGUGCACUGUGCAGACCUGAGCAACCCCACCAAGCCCCUGCAGCUGUACCGGCAGUGGACGGACCGCAUCAUGGAGGAGUUCUUCAGCCAGGGUGACAGAGAAAGGGAGAGGGGCAUGGAGAUCAGUCCCAUGUGUGACAAACACAAUGCCUCAGUAGAAAAAAGCCAGGUUGGAUUCAUAGACUAUAUCGUUCACCCUCUGUGGGAGACGUGGGCCGACCUGGUCCAUCCAGACGCCCAGGACAUCCUGGACACGCUGGAAGACAACAGAGAGUGGUACCAAAGCACCAUCCCCCAGAGCCCCUCCCCUGCAUUGGACGAGCCCGAGGAUGGAACGCGGCCCCCAGGAGGGGACAAGUUCCAGUUCGAGCUCACCCUGGAGGAGGACGGGGAGUCGGACACUGAGAAAGACAGCGGCAGCCAGCCGGAGGAGGAGGAAGAGGAGGAGGAGGAGGAGGAGGAGGAGGACGACGACGAGGAAAACAGCUGCACCGACUCUAAAACACUCUGUACGCAGGACUCUGAAUCAACGGAGAUUCCUUUGGACGAGCAGGUGGGGGAGGACGAUGACGAGGACGAGGUAGAAGAGGGGGAGACGCCCUGCUCGCAACCGUGCGUUGUAGAGGAAGAGGUGGCAGAGGAGGGACAGGAGGAGGAGGAGGAGGAGCAGGAAGAGGAGAAAGAGAAAUCCCCUUCCACAUAGCAGUACAUGGACAGCAUCUGAUUAACUGUUCUUCUUAGUAAUGACAGAUGAUUAUUUAUAGAAUAUUUUUUGGGUUUUGUGAAAUCUGUCUGUGUUUUUUAUACAUCUGUUUAUGGUUCCAAAGCGUGCUCUGCUCUCCACCUUGGCCACCCCUCCUGUCAGCUUCGUUCAGACACGCCCACCGGUACUACUUCAAGUUUUUUUGCACUCAGGAAAACUCCUUUCCAUUCCCAUUCGUACUGAAGUGGUGUGUCUUUAUUUCCCUUUUACACCUCCCCUUUACGAGCUUCAGUUUAGGACGUGGACGAGCAGUUCACAGUGCUGUUCAUACGAUACAUGAAAUCACGUUGUCCUUCUUUCUGCUUCGUCUCAGCCUUGCCUGAAAGUUCGGCGGUGUAUUCUGUGUUUUUUAUUAAGUGCCCAUACUCUACAGAGACAGUUAUCGGGUGUGUUCAAGGAGAGUCUCCCUCUCGGUUAGGUCAUAUCCUCCCCGCUACGUAUUAUGCCGCCAUUCCGCCAAAAAAAAAAACCCUGACGGGACGGCGGGAGAGAUGAAAGCUGCAGCACACUGGGGAGCUUUUUGAGACACAUUUCUGAAGUGGAAGUCUUCCUUGAAAAAACCUGACUGACACAAAGCUCAAAUCUAAACAGCCAUGAUGCUGUCCUUGACCUCUUUAAUUUUUGUAUCGUACUGUAUGUAAGAUUCAGAUAUUUUCUAGAGUUUACUUUUGCAAUCCUAGGCUUUCUUUGGUUAGAUUUGAAGACUAGAGAACUUUUGGGAACCACUGGGGAGAAAUGUGUCACAGAUAUUCAGUGUUUUGAAUGGGUAUCUUUACAGCUGGGUUAUAUUAGGAGUGUUCUGAGCUGUUUGCACUUGCUCCAAUAGCAUUUAUACUACUAUUCCCAUGUCACUAUACUGGCAUUUGGUUAGUUCUGUGGGUUGAAAUCUAUUCAUACAAACUUUUGUUUCUUUUGGUGAGUGUUUUCACUGAGAGGGAGGCAGGGAGCUGGAGUUUUCUGCUUGCCUCUCACUGGAAUCGCGGAUGAAGCCUUUAAAUUUCAUUGUCGUUGCCUGCAGUUCUUUUGAACACAUCCUGAGACAAUGCAAUGCUUUGUAGUUGAUACAAAAAGCACCUUUUUUAGAAGCUUGAUUAGUUCUCCAAAUAUAGAAGAAAAAAAAAUAGUAAUGGUGUAUAAAAAAAAAUGAUUAGGGUGAUUUUAUACCAAUGUUAUGAAAGCUUUUAUUAUCCUUCUUGCCCAUUUUUCUUUCAUGCUCAUACCACCAACAGCCUGCACACCCGCUUGUCUUCAGCCGCUUCAUUUUCUGACGUGCUACAGGAAUUUUUUUUCCCACUCUAAUAACUUGUCAUCACAACAUCAACGCCAGUUCCUGUCUUUGUUUUCAACGAGACAAUCAGCUCCGUUGCGUAGUCAUCAGAUAAAUAUGUCUAGAUACUCUACUGCACUGAUAUAUUCACUGAUCAUCACUUUAUUUAUUUUUAUUUUUAUUUUGUUAUUGUUUUUAAUAAAGAAACUCGCCAAAACACUCGGCCCCGUGCACACGCGCAGGCUCGAGCAUCGUCAACCUGCACCUCGGCCAAGGCUCCUCUUCCUUUUCUUUUUCCCCAUGUUUCUAUCAUUUUUCACCUGAUGCUAUUAUUUAUUGGUAUAUUUUUCUAUUUGUUCAGUCGUUUUGUUUGCAAUAUAAAGGUGGUACAGUAAAUAUUUCACUGUAGCAUAGAUCACAGUACAGGCAGUCCAUUUAUAAUACCCGGAUAUACUUUUGUUUUCCUCUGUGUACAUACAGUAAAAAAAAAAAAAAAAAAAAAAAAAAAAAA